UUACGCUGGGUUGCAGAAACGAGGCUUUUGCACUUCGCUUUGUGGGUCCACUCGCGCGGUUUCAUUGAACAAAGCCCCUGCAAAAUCCCUGGGUUAUGAAAUAUUUCCUCUCCGUCGGGUCCCGGACAAGAGAGAGCAUCAGCAGAGCCCGAAAAGGAAGUCCUUGCCUUAUAGAGAGCGCUGGCGGUGUGACACAAUGGCUGAUAUAAAGUGUCGGGGGAGCUGAGCCGAAGGCAAAGGAACAAAGGAAGAUCAAGAUUCGGUGGCUGUCUCGGACAAAAGCAAAGCGGAAAGUGUCUCGGGGAUGGAUAAAUUUAAGGCUGCGCUUGUGCUGGCUGGGGUAGGGGAUGCUCUCGGUUAUCGCAAUUUCUCCCGAGAAAAUAACGCCUUAGGUGCCAAAAUCCAGCAGGAGCUGAAGGAGAUCGGGGGGCUCGAGAACCUGGUGCUCUCUCCCGACAAGUGGCCCGUAAGUGACAACACGCUCAUGCACAUGGCUACGGCAGAGGCUCUCGUCACAGAUUACUGGUGUUUGGAGGACCUGUACCGGGAGCUGGUAAAGCGCUACGUGGAUGCUGUCGACAAGCUCUCGGGGAGACGGCCAGACCCCGCGACCAUCGAAGGCUGCCGGGAAUUAAAACCAGACAACUACCUUCUCGCGUGGCACACGCCGUUCAAUGAAAAGGGUUCUGGAUUUGGAGCAUCCACCAAAGCCAUGUGUUUAGGGAUGCGGUACUGGAAGCCGGAAAGGCUGGAGUCCCUUAUAGAAGUGAGCAUCGAGUGCGGGCGAAUGACCCACAACCAUCCCACAGGUUUUCUAGGGUCCCUAUGCACGGCUCUCUUUGUGGCGUACGCGAUACAAGGGAAACCCCUGGUGCAGUGGGGGAGAGAGAUGAUGAAGGUUGUGCCGAUGGCUGAAGAAUACUGCAAGAAGACCAUUCGCCACAUGGCAGAAUAUCAGGAGCACUGGUUUUACUUCGAAGCCAAGUGGCAGUUUUAUUUGGAGGAGAGAGAAAUCAAUGAGGAAAAUCAGAAUAAACCUGUCUUUCCGGACAACUACGAUGCAGAGGAGAGAGAAAAGGUAACUGCAACUUCAGAAAGCGCUCGGGAAGGCUCUGAACCGAGAGAG